AUGUACGAGAAGGCCAAAAACAACCCGCACUUAGAUCCAGACAUGGCUUUGGACACAGAGAAGGAUGCAUGGCAGCAUAAGGAUGACGCCUCCACCACGCCCAACCUCAAGAUGCGUGACGGGAUUAUUCUAAUGCCCCAGCCAUCUGAUGAUCCCACCGAUCCGCUGAACUGGUCCUGGUUGCGCAAGCAUGCUGCCAUGUUCACGAUAUCAUACCUGGCACUGAUAUGCUACGUCGCUGUGACCACACUUGUUACGGGAACUGUUCCUGUGGCAAAGUCUCUAGGUGUGUCCAAGUCUACAGCUGUCUACUUGGGAAACACACCUGUUGCACUCUAUGGCGUGGCGCCAUGGUUGUGGAGUCCGCUCAGUCACUUUCUGGGACGCAGACCCGUGCUUCUUGCUUGCAAUGCUAUUGCUAUGGUUGGAGCUGUUGUUGUUGCCACUUCCCAAACGUAUGCGGCUUGCAUUGUUGGUCGGGUCAUUCUUGGAGCGGGUGGUUCGGCAUUCUGGACACUUGGUCCAGCCAGUAUUGGAGAUAUGUUCUUCCUACACGAGAAGGGGAAGAAGAUCGGCAUUUCCACCCUGGCAAUUGUAGUCUCGCCUUUCCUCGGCACAAUAAUCGGCGGCCCCAUAAUAGAAGACCCAAAUCUAGGGUGGCGAGCAUCCCAAUGGAUCCCCCUCGUGUGCAUGGGCGCAGGCUUCAUCAUGCAGGUCUUCUUCCUGCCAGAGACAAUCUACAUCCGAGAAGCAGCCAAUACCAAUUCUUCCGUGACUGAGAUCAAGAAACCAACCCUCUGGGCGCGAUACGGCAUUCAUAUUCCCAAACGCCGUGAAGAGAACAAUCAUAGUUUCUUCUUCAUCGCCACCCGUCCUAUUAUACUUUGCAAGUACCCGGCCGUUAUGCUAUCGGCUUUCUGGUUCGGCAUUGCCUAUAUGAUGCAUGUUGGUAUCACAGCUGAGAUCCCACUUGUGUUUGAGGCCGAUUAUAACUUCUCCGUGCUGGAUGUCGGUCUGACUGGGUUCUCUGGGUUGAUUGGAGCUCUUGUCGGCGAAGCGUACGCUGGACCUGCGCUUGAUUUUAUAGUCAAGCACACCAUGAAGCAAGGUCGAGAGUGGCAGCCCGAGUAUCGGCUGCAAGCGAUCUGGCCAGCACUCAUCACUGUUCCUGGGGGUCUGAUCAUGUUCGGUGCAUCCCUGCAGUUUGGAAAUGCGUGGAUUACGCCGUUGGUUGGACAGGCGGUCUAUAUAUUUGGCAUCGAGAUUGCCACAACAGUCGUGUAUGGCCAACAUCCUAUCCCCCUUGUUACUAAAGAUCAACGCGCUAAUUACGAGACCGGUAGUCAAACAUAUAUCCUUGAGUGCUAUCCUCGUCAAGGCGCAGAAGCGAAUUUGGUUUUCAAUCUGAUUCGGAAUAUCUUCUCCUACACGGCUCCGUUUUUCCUUCAGCCGAUGAUUGCAAAGAUGGGGAUGACGUCGACAUUUGGAUUGUUUGCUGCUUUGACCGUCUUCUUCUUCCCUUUUACUAUUGGAAUUUUGAUUUGGCGAGGCAAGGAGAUUCGGGACAAGGGAGGGGAUCCGGGCUGGAGUAGAGGCUAG